CCGCAGGCCGAGGUGGAUGAUUUCUUGAGGAAGAAGAGGAAGGCGAGAGAGCAUAAGGCUUGCUAUCCAUGUCGGCAAAGGAAGGUGAAAUGCGAUCUCUCACGGCCCUGCACUACCUGCAAGGAACGUGACCAUCCGGAACUGUGCUCAUAUCAUCCUCCAAACAAAAGACAAAAUGUCGACCUCCAUGCCCAGGGCCCUGCCAUGCGAGCGGACCAUCAGGAUGGAGGAAUGGCAAUGUCGCAGAACAACAAUCCAGGAUACGUGACGUUAGCUCGGUCUGAGUUCGACUUACUAUGUCGGAAGCUGAACGGACUGGAAAAUUCCAUUGCAGAUUUGAGGCGUGAGAUUCGCAGAAACUCUCAUGAGAACAACAAUGGAACUCACGAUAGUGACGGGAGUAGCGAGGGUGCUAGGAUGCAAACUCACACUGAUUUGCACGGGUUGCAUACCAAGAAUGAAUCGGGCGAAAUCGUCCAUCUUGGCGGAGGAUCCGUCCCAGCAAUGCUCUAUGCCAUCAGCCAGGGUCAGCCUCCCAGCGGUGCAGAGCAAAGUCAACUCCAAGAGUUCCUCGGCAAGUCCGUACUGCCCCUGUUCGGGCUUGACAACGAGUCGGCCACAUACCCGUUCGUGGAUCUCUGGGGUCUACCGCACGGCUCCCUGCAACGUGCCCGAGAACUUGCCAAAGCAUUACCAGGCGAUCAACAACUACUCAGUCUGUUCGCCAGCUACCGCGACAUUGGCUAUAUCAUCUAUCCGGGGAUCGCAGACUUGGAAGCAUUAGAGGCCGAUCUUGCGGUGUUCUUGGCCAAUCGAUCGAGUCAGCCCAGUCCAGAGGAUGGAGUGACGGAGCAGUCAAUUUAUGGAAAGAGCUUUUACUGGUUGGGGAUGUUGUUCGCAGUGCUGGCGAGUGGGGCUCAGUGCAGUGCGUUGACGAGGAAAGAGAGAGAAUUGACCUCGCAGGUUUACGUGUGCUGUGGAUUCGAAUGUUUACGGUUCACAAAUUUCUUGUCGCAGCCCCAUAUUGAAAGUAUUCAGGCGCUGGUCAUCAUUGGUAACGUCAUGACGAACAACAUGAAUGCCGGCACAGCAUGGAGUCUACUCGGUCUUACCAUUCGACUCGCUCAAGGCCUUGGACUACAUCAAGCAUGUCCGCCGCACGUUCCACCCGAACACGUCUUCCCUCGGAGCAAAGUAUGGUGGUCUAUCAUAUGGGCAGAUUCUCUGCUAUCCAUCACUUACGACCGCAAUGCUGCCUUGGACGUGCACACGAUGCCAAUGCCGAACCACUUUGGUGGAGUCUCCUCCUACCAUCAAUGCAUGUAUCGCAUGUGCAAGAUCGGCCUUGAUAUCAUUCGCGACCGCGCCAGGGCCACUACUCCUCGUGAACACAUCGCCAGCAUCCGCCAGCACCGCGAUUCCAUCGCCGCCGUCAUGCGGGAUGCGUCCGAACAUCUCCGCGACUCUCGAAAGUGCGCGACAUCAAAGGACACGCUCGAGCACUGGGCUCUCUAUCUGCAUACCUCCUACGCCACCUCCGAACUCUGCCGUCCUGCAAUCAGUCCGUCCACCACAUCCAGCGAGAUCGUCAACACCUUCAGAUCGGUAUGUGUCGAGUAUUUGGCCAACACAGUUGAAGCAUUUCUUGGCCUCAACAACAUUACCUUCUUCGCACGCCAGUCUUGGGCCGCCGUUCACCGUGCGCUAAGCUCCGCUCUGCUCCUCGGUAUCCUCGGCGAGCACACCCGGAGUGAACGCGCGCGCAGACUGGUCGGCAGGUUCAUUACCCUCAUGUCCGAG